UUGAUUCCGGCUGAGCCCAACAGAAAUUGCCUGCGUUAUCGCUUCAGCUUUUCCGCCGAAGUGUCCCUAUGAAUCCGAUGAGCACAACCGGUUAAUUUCUCCGGGUUUUCGGUUGUGGAGACGUGUUCGGCCGGGCCUGGAGGAUAAAAGCUCAUCCAGGUAGUUUUAGCUACACAGCCAUGUUUAAGCAGCACGAUCAGUCAGCACUAACAACUGUUUUGAUCGCUGUUUGUAUAAGAAACGGCUCGGCUCAGUACUGCUUCAUGUCUGUCCGGAGCAGAUGACCGGAAGAGCCGAUAGUCUAGCUAAAAUGAUGAGCUGGAGUUAAAGUCGGCUAAUUAGCUUCUAACAUGAUGUCCUCCUGCAACUUACCCCCCCUGCGGAAUUUGCCCAGCUGGAGUCGGGUUGGGACGCUCGAUCGGGCUCGUUUCCCUCCGCGAUUUCCCUGUGAAUGUCAGCAGAAAGCAGCAACAGAGCACAAGACAAGUCAGACCGGUGUCGGGAUGGACAGGGCCGGAGCGAGGGUCUCCUCACUGGAGAGAGACAUUCAGUUCCUUCAGCAGACGCACAAAAGCACCCUGGAGAAACUACACGAGGAGAUUGAUCACCUGAAGCGUGCUAACAAAGAACUGCAGUAUCAGCUGAUUAUGGGAGCUCAGCAUCUUCCUCCCAGAGAACCUCCACCACAAGGCUUACGUGAAAAGCAGUGCCAGGCUCGAGUCCGCAGGCCUGAAGAGAAGCCAGAGACAGGUCAUCAUGGUGUAGAACACAGCAUGUCCGUCAUCUUGUCUCUGCUGCCUCUGAGGAUUCAAGACAGUUCAACACGGGCUCCGCGCAGCCCAACUCUACAGGAGUGUGAGGCCAUGAUCCGACAGCUCUAUAACACCAACACCUCGCAGUCUCAAGAGCUGUUGCAGUUGAAGGCUGUUCUCCGAGACUUGUCAAACAAAAAAAAACUUUCACCUGAGGUCUACAAUCUGACAAAGACAAAUCGCUCUGAUAACACAAGAAGUGGAGAGUUGACAAAUAUUCCAAAAGUGUCUCUUAUGCCACUCAAGCCCUUGCCAAAAAUACAACAUCAGACCCAGGUGACUGUGAGAGAGAAAGUUAUUCUUCCUGCCAUCAGGCAGACCCUGAGCAGCAACCUGACAGAGAGGCAGAAACGUGCUCAGGACAUUCACAAAUUGCGCCUCAGAAGAGCAAUCUUCUCCUAGCCUAUACAGCUGCUGUAUGCGACAGUAAAUAUUAUGAAAUAAA